AUGGCAAUUAGAGCAUCAGGACAGUACGUUUCUAAGAAUAAGGGAUCUAGAAAAACAAAGUCUCGAGCAAAGGAGAAUCGGUUCUCUAAGAAGCAGUCGUUCAAUCUUGUUACUUCGCCAAUAUUUCCAGUAACCCAUCAUGGAAAGACAUAUCAUCCCAAGACCAAGGCCAAGCAAGAUCUCACAUCCUUUCUAGUUGGUAGAACGUUUAAAGUAAACCAAGGAGACUUGAAUGGAAUGAAUACUGAAACUCACAGGAACUUCUGCUUCAAGGUUGGUGAUGUCAGAGGAAAUGAUUGUCUUGGAUUUUUCAAUGGCAUGUAUAUGGCAAGGGAUAAGCUUGCUAACAUGAUUAGGAAGUGGCACUCUCUUAUAGAUGCCCACUUGGACCUCACAACGUCGGAUGGCUCUAUAUGGAGAGUCUUUGUUCAUGCAGUUACUAAGAGACUUCCCGGACAGGUGAAGAGGAAUUCAUAUUGCCAGACGACACAGGCCAAGAAGAUCAGAAAGAUUAUCUUCGAAGUGCUUACUGAGGAAUUUGAAGGCAUUGAUGUUGACAAGUUGGUUAAGAAGCUUUCAACAGAGGCCGUUGGAAAGGAAGUUGAAAAUAGAUGUGCUAAGAUCUAUCCGCUGACUGCCGUUAUUUCCAAGGUUAAGCCCAUCAAGAACAUGAAGAUAGUUGAGGCAUUGAAUGCGAAGAAUGUGGCACAAUCUAAUGCUCCUGAGGCUAACCAGUUUAUCAUUGCUGAAGAGGCCAAUUAA